CCCCAUUUUAUAGCUCUUGUCCAGUCAAAAACAUAUUUCUUCAUGUUUUUAUCCUGGUGGUUGUGGUAAAGUAGUAAAUGUUAUUAUACCCUGAUAAUCAUUGUACAUGUAUAUGCACACCUGUACACGUACAUGUACAUUAAACUUAUACUGAGCAUGAUCACUGUGAGGUUUUGUUAUUUCUUGUACUUUCCUCUCAGACUUAUGAUUCAUGGAAGGACAAGUGGUUGAGAUUUCAAGAAUCUUUACCUGAAUUUGGCUGGUUGAGGGAACUCAAAGACAGCUUGCCUGAUUUGUCCAACACAUUUGCAGGAGGCUCAGAAGCCACUCGCAGCGUUGUUGGCAGUUUCAAAGAUUUUGUGGAUGAGUUUUGGUCUUCAGAAGUCAGCCCUCCUGUAGUGUCUGCUGCUAUCAGACAGGAAAGUGGUGAGAAGGCAUCAGUUCCUAAGAAAACAGCCAUGGAAAAGAUGCAAGAGAGGCUGGAGAAGUCUCAAGAAGAACUGCUUGAGAUGCAACAACGAUACCAACGAGAAAUAGACAAGCUUGAACGUGACAACCGAGAGUUGAGAAAGCAAGUCAUUAUUCUUAAGGGUGACAGCAUGCCGACCCCAAGAAAGAUUAAGAAAUCUUUGAUUGACAUGUAUUCUGAUGUUCUGGAUCUCCUGUCAGAAUACGAUGUGAGCUACAACACAACUGAUCAUCUACCACGGGUUGUAGUAGUUGGUGAUCAAAGUGCUGGCAAAACAAGUGUGCUGGAGAUGAUUGCACAAGCCAGAAUUUUUCCCAGAGGUUCUGGACAGAUGAUGACAAGGGCCCCAGUCAUGGUGACGUUGAGUGAAGGGCCAAACCACAUGGCACAGUUCAAGGGAAGUAAUCAUCAGUAUGACCUAACACAAGAAGAUGAGCUUAAAGGUCUGAGACAAGAGAUUGAAAUUCGUAUGAAGAACAGUGUGAAACAUGGACAAACAGUUAGCCCUGAGGUGAUAUCUCUAAGUGUCAAAGGCCCAGGACUUCAUCGAAUGGUAUUGGUCGACCUUCCAGGAAUUAUCGGGACGAUUACAACUGGAAUGGCAGAAAACACCAAAGAUGACAUUGUUGAAAUGAGCAGGAAAUACAUGCAGAAUCCAAAUGCAAUCAUCUUAUGUAUUCAAGAUGGCUCCAUUGAUGCUGAAAGAAGCAAUGUCACUGAUUUAGUGAGCAGUAUGGACCCAGCAGGAAAGAGGACUAUUUUUGUGCUAACUAAAGUUGACUUAGCGGAACAAAAUGAUGCAAACCCAAGCCGGAUCAAGCAAAUACUAGAAGGCAAGCUGUUCCCGAUGAAAGCUUUGGGAUACUUUGCUGUGGUGACUGGAACAGGUAAUACCAGUGAAGGUAUUGAUACCAUCCGUGGCUACGAGGAAGAAUUUUUCAGAAACUCAAGACUUUUUAAGUCUGGAGUUUUCAAAGCCAGUCAGAUGACCACACAGAACCUAAGUUUCGCUGUGUCACACUGCUUCUGGAAAAUGGUUCGUGAGUCGAUUGAGCAGCAGGCAGACUCCUACAAAGCGAAGCGGUUCAAUCUGGAAACGGAAUGGAAAAACUUUUUUCCAAAACUGAGAGAGUUGGACAGGAAUGAGCUCUUUGACAAGGCUCGUAAUGAAAUCCUGGAUGAAGUCCUCACACUGAGCGAGAUAACCCCUCAAAUGUGGGAAGACAUCAUUACUAAACACCUGUGGUCAGCGGUAGCCCCGCACUUCAUAGAAGCCAUCUAUCUUCCUGCUGCUCAGGCAGAUAAUCCCAGCAAUUUUAACACUUCUGUGGACAUUAAGCUCAAGCAAUGGGCGGAAAGAACUCUACCUGAUAUUUCUGUCAAGGUUGGCUGGCAAACACUGUUUGAGGAAUUCUCUAAAGCGAUGCAAGAACAGAAGAACGAUAAAGAUGGCCACAGCCAUUUGUUCGAAGAACUCAAAUCCGAGCUGUCUGACGAGUGUAAACGAAGUCACGUUUGGCAGUCAAAAGCCAUUGACAGCCUGAGAGUAAUUCAACUGACUGCACUUGAAGACUGGUCCGUGAGCGAAAAACAGCAGUGGGACUCAGCUGUGAAAUUUAUGGAGAGCACCUUACAAGAUGAAUUAGACAAAGCCUCCAAGAAAAUGUACGAUUUACUUGGACCCGGGGCGACGGAAAGGUGGUUUUACUGGAGAUCCAGAAGUAAAGAGCAGCAAUGUCGGUCCUAUAUCAAAGACGAACUUCAGCGAUUGCUUCAAGCAAACGAGCGUCACGGACCGAUACUCGCAGACGAUGAGCUAACGACUGUUAGAAAAAAUCUAGAAACCAUCAGCGUGGACGUGUCCAGUGAUCUGGUAAAUGAAACUUGGAAUCAGUUGUAUCGGGAGCAUUUUCUGAAGCAAUCCUUGGGCAACGUGCAGGAGUGCAGAAAUGCUUUUUAUAGAAGAGAUCUGGUCAAAAACGAGCUGGGUUGUAAUGACGUAGUUCUCUUCUGGCGAAUUCAGAAGAUGUUGCAGACAACGAGUAACGCCAUCAGACAACAAGUCAUGAAUCAUGAAGCUCGCCGACUAGAAAAAGAAGUAAAACAAGUUCUAGAUGAGAUUAGUUACGACCAAACAGCCAAAGAGAGGCUUAUCCGCGGAAGACAAGUUGACCUUGCCGAAGAAUUAAAACAUGUGAGACACAUACAAGAAAGUUUGGAACAGUUCAUUGAGGCUUUGAACAGUGAGAAAUAGCGUCACCGAGCGAAGGGGUGUGCGACUCGUUCACAAACACAAAAAUAAUGAAAAUUCUCUAGUUUGUCGAUGAGUUUAGAAUGUCCUCCUUUCUCUUUCGACGAUGAUUCAGCAAGCAUUGACAUCUGAAGACCAGCCGUGGUGAGCUUCCGUGUUCGAGGGAUUUUUGAGGGCAACGUGACUUUCAUAAUGGACUUCUAGAUGACUUAUGACAAAUUGGCCGUUUUUAUGCUAGAGACGUUUAAGUUGGCUAAACACCUUUAACGUCUAAGACGUUAAAGGCGUCUCGUAUAAAAAUGAGACGCAUUUAAGUACACGGCCUGACAAAAAAUAUAUCUUCUUAUAAAAAAA